AUCGCGUAUAGCAUUGACUUAACUUCCAAGUGUGUAGUUAAUUGCCUAUUUCGUCGUCGUCAUCUUUUUGUUCGCCUUCUGCUGCUGUUUAGUCCGCCGCUUGCAGAUGUGCGGAAAAGCGCUUCGAAACGCAACGCAUUCGCGUUCGAAACUCGAAAGUCAUGUACCUACGCUAAGCAAUAUCGGCAAAAUAGUGUUCAGUCUUAGUUUGCUUUCCUGCUCGUGUUGUGCCUAGCUUCCAAUAAGUCGUGCCUCUCCGAUAAGAUAUACCCCAAGUUCGUGGUGGAAAAGUGGUGCCCAAGUGUGUGCCUAGUCAGCAGUGGACAAAGAAAGUUGGCUUGCGACAGAAAAAAACAAAUUGGCUUACAGUUGCAUAUCUUUUUUUUUUGUCGAGACGAGGAAACAACCUUCAAGGUUGCAUACUGAAUUGCAGGCACGAACGCAAAUGAAGUGUAAUUUUUCCACUUUGUAACCCGUGUGGAUUCGAAACAGUCGAAACAACAACACCACACUGUUUGGUUUCGCGUUAGAAUUUGUUGUCGCUAGUUCCGAUACGCAAGAAAGUGAAGGUUUGAUAAGGAGCGAAGAUGUCACUUCGUGCAAUACAGAAACGAGACAGGAACAAAUUAUCGCUGUCACAACAGAAACAACAUCAUCCCGUCAACAAAAAUCGGACCUUCGUGGUGCCAAUUGGGACUGGCAGCAGUAGUGUUGGUGCCAGCGCUACUGGCAGUGGUCACGGAAAUCACCAUCAUCAUCAUCACCAUCAUCACCACCAGCCGCAGCAGCCCAACAACAGUAGAAAUGAAAAGUGGAGAAAUUCAAGCUCUGCCAGCAUUUCUUCCUCUGCGACUAUAUCGGAUCUGACUCACAAGAAACGCUCUGUUUCCUAUCCGAGUUUACAGCAAAAAAGCAGCAGCAGCAGCACUCAUCCGUCAUCGCUACGGUUCACCAAGUCCGAAAGUAAUCUCAACGAUACGUCGACCAGCGGCGGCGGCGGCAGAGGAGCUCCGGCGAUCGGUGACGCGUCCGAUCAGGCCAAUAAUUUUAGUAGCAGCAACAAUCUGUACCUGGGUGCCAAAUCCGAGGUGUGCCUUAAAACGCUGGCUGUGAAGAGCACUCACCAGCCGCCAGCGCCCUUCUUCCAUCAUAGCAGUGCUGGUUCCGUUGGGAACCGCCAGAGGAUGUACGAGAGCAGCCGGAGGACGUCAGAAAUCGUGGGCAGUGAACUGGGUAGAAUCGAGAAGUUCGCCGCGAUCGGUAACAAUGUCACCGCCGUACGCAUUCCGAUCAUCGGCUACGAGGUGAUGGAGGAACGGGCCCGAUUCACCAUCUUCAAGCUGCGCAUCGAAAAUAGCAUCUCCCACACGUGCUGGCUGGUGCUGCGGCGCUACACCGACUUUGUCCGGCUGAACAACAAACUGCGAGCCCUCUUUCCGCACUGCAAUCUGGUACUGCCAAGGAAGAAAUGGUUCGGGGACAAUUUUAGCACCGGUUUUAUCGACAACCGGAUACAGGGGCUGCAGACGUUCAUCAACACCAUCCUGGGCGAUGAGUCGAUGCGAACCUGCCCGGUGGUGCGGGAGUUCUUCUGCCUCGAUGAGCCGCCAACCUACUCGGAGAGUAUGGAGGAAUCGAGGAUUAUAUUCGAAGCCCAGGAGGAAACCAUAUCGCAUCUGAAGCAGCAACUUCAGACCAAAGACGAACUAAUUGCUGCACUUCAAGCCAAAUUAUCUAACGAAAUCAAUAGGAGUAAAAUGUUAACCACCGUUAUACGGAAUAGUUUCGAAAAUUGCUCGAAGUGUGCGAAGCAACUGGACAAUCAUUUGAAAGACUCGCCUUACAAAUAAGAUUGUGUAACUUCGAGACAGUUGGACAUUCAGUUAAGUUCAAUGCUUUUUUGUUUCUGUUUGAAAUGUAAAGAAAUGUUAAAUUAUUAGCCAAUAAUGAAUAACAAUUUUCAAGAAUGCCUUACACCUGUAGCGAACUCCAAUGCUGCACAUUGUAUAAGUUUAUAAUUGAAGUUAUUGGUUAUUUCACUACAAAUAAUAACCAAAUAAAAUAAUUUAGAGUAUGAUGUAUGCAUGUUAAUAAGACAACUAGCAAUGUAAAAUAAUGUAGUAAGACACCUACUGUUAACUCAAUAAUUUUGUGGGAAUGUGCGAUAAUUAUCGCAUUGUUUGUAACUUUUUGUACUAUUGUUGUUCCUCGAAAUAUUAGUUAAGCAAAAAAAUAAAAUAAAAUAUUCAUCAGUAACGACAUCAUUUUUUAUAACUUGAAUUUCCCUAAAACGAGUACUCAGUUUAGGUUGCAAUGUUGAACCACACACACCUUGGAUUAUAUUUUAUAUGGUCUGUUGUUGUAACUGGAAUCGGGAAAUUCCAUGAGUGAGGUAUUAACACUGACGCCGUAAACAGUUUGUCGUCAAUGGGAGUCUAUACCGUAGUUUUUAUUUUUAAGAAAUGUCUAGCAAAAACUGUCAUAGAGCUUUCAAAUGAUUUAUAUACUUCACAUUAGUUGCUAUCACCAACAACUCAUAAAUGUUGGUUCACCUGUUUCUGGUAUUCAACUCGAGCAGAAAAUGAGUGUGAGUUAUUACGUUAACCAUAACCGUAAGGGAAUCCACAUCACUGGAAUGUUAUUGGCAUUGAUUCGACUAGUUUUUCCGGAGGUUCAUUCGACACUUUAAAACAUUUAAAAGUUCCAUUCAUCUAAAAAAUAUUCAAAUGCCCUAAAAUUGGGUUAAUAUCUAGAGGUGUUUUCAAAAUCAAAAGCCAGUGGGAUACAUAGUUUGGUUUAUGGAAGUAUUCUAGUCUAGAAAUUUGAAAAAUGUCAUUUUUUCCUUCAUAUUUCUGUAGUUUAGGCAUACAAGAAUAUACCCUAGAAAGGACUUAUAAAAAAUCCUAUUAUUUACCGAGUUAGAGCCAUUUUAGUAAUACGGUAUUUAAUCUAGUACGGCUAUAACAAUGAACUUCAAACGCGUUUUUCUCGAAACUAGUUUUUUCAAAACUCUCAAGUUCUACUGAACCGAUUCAUGUCAAAUUUAUAUGGGUACAAUCUGCAGGCAUCUCUCGAUAGCAUGAACCUCUAAAAAAUUAUAUUUUUUUAAUUUUACUAGAAACGUAAGAAAAAAACGUUUUAAACAGCAUUUUGUUUUUUUGCCAAAAAAGAUUUUUUGACUUGUCCGAGGUUCAUGCGAUAGCGGCAUCUUUACUGAUUCAGAAUCUCUCUGGAAUGAAAUCGUGUACGCCAUGACACAACUUUUUUUUGAACCCUCUCACUUCAUCAG